CCCAAAUAAUUGCUCCUAUUACGAAAGUUAAAAACUCCAGAAUUACAACUUUCUCACUUCCCUCAGCCCUCAACCUCAAAAAAACGGCAUUAAUCUUCCUUUCUCCCUUCAAUAAACACACACACACACACUCUUUCUCUCUCCUCUUCAUCUUCUUCAUCUUCUUUGGUAGCAGGUAGCUCACAUCAAAAUCUCACUCUUUCACUUUCUCUCUCCUCUGCGCGUUAAUCAAAUCGUAUUUGCUCAGUGUUGCGUUUUUGUGCGCAGAAGAAAGGUCCAACAAUGGCGAUUCCAGCUGCGGCUGUGAUCGUACCACUGGGCCUUCUCUUCUUCCUCUCUGGCCUCGUCGUCAAUGUUUUACAGGCAACUUGCUUUGUCCUUGUGCGGCCGCUGUCAAAGAGCACAUAUAGAAGAAUCAACAGACUUGUAGCAGAAUUGUUGUGGCUCGAGCUCGUGUGGCUUGUCGAUUGGUGGGCUAGGGUUCAGGUCAAAGUUUUUACAGAUCCUGAGACAUUUCGGCAGAUGGAGAACAUGACUAGAAAAGAAUGGAGGGGUCUAAAAACACAUGGAGUGAAACGCAGGAGAGGAGAUAGGUCCUUGGCUGAAGCACAAUUGUUGUGGAGGUUGAUGGUAAAGCCUCCGUUGAUAUGGCUCGGGGAAUAUAUUGACAUAGGACUGAGUGAAGGGGAGGAGAGUACAUUAUGCUGUAGUCUAAAAGUCUCAUGGUAUCAGCCAUCAGGCAAAGAACAUGCACUGGUGGUGUGUAACCAUAAAAGCGACAUUGAUUGGCUGGUGGGAUGGGUGUUGGCCCAGCGGGCAGGUUGCCUUGGUAGCACACUAGCUGUUAUGAAGAAAUCAUCAAAGAUGCUUCCGGUAAUAGGUUGGUCUAUGUGGUUCUCAGAGUAUCUUUUCCUGGAGAGAAGCUGGGCCAAGGAUGAAAGUACGAUAAAGCUAGGUCUUGAACGGCUAAAGGACUACCCUCUGCCUUUCUGGUUGGCUCUUUUUGUUGAAGGCACUCGAUUUACACAAGCUAAACUUCUAGCUGCUCAAGAAUAUGCAACCUCAACUGGACUUCCAGUACCCAGAAAUGUUUUGAUCCCACGUACAAAGGGAUUUGUCGCAGCAGUAAGUCAUAUGCGUUCGUUUGUCCCAGCAAUUUAUGAUAUCACAGUAGCCAUCCCGAAAAGUUCAGCGCAACCUACAAUGCUGAGGCUAUUCAAAGGACAGUCUUCUGUGGUUCAUGUCCAUAUCAAGCGACACAAUAUGAAAGAUCUUCCUGAAACAGAUGAUGCUGUUGCACAGUGGUGUAAAGAUGCAUUUGUUGCCAAGGAUGCAUUGUUGGACAAGCAUAAAGCCGAUGAUACUUUUGGAGAUCAAUUUCUUCAAGAUAGUGGUCGACCAUUGAAGUCUCUUGUGGUUGUUGCCGCGUGGGUGGUUACCAGUGUUCUGGGAGUGAUGAAAUUUCUACACUGGUCACAUCUUCUGUCCUCAUGGAAAGGCAUUGCAUUCUCAGCUGCAGCAUUAGGACUUAUUACAGUUCUCAUGCAAGUAAUGAUACAAUUCAGUCAGUCAGAGCGCUCAACCCCUGCUAAGGUAGCCCCAGCAAAGCCUAAAAACACAGGAGACUCAUCAUCAUCAUCAUCUGACUUGAAACAACAUAAGCAGCAUUGAAACAGUAGCCUUUGUUUUGUUCAUUUGAUCUCACUUAUAGUUUGAUUUUCUUGAAAAAUAGUGCUUGUACCUUACCCAUUAUUGCUCGUCUUAAGAUCUGUUCAUGGCUUCACGCUCUCAUUAGUCAUUAGUUCAAUUUGAUCUGCUCAAUAUAUGUAUUUUACACCUUAUUUAUUAUAUAAAUAUUGUUAUUUUUAGCUGGUCA